GUCGCCCCAUCAGUGCGAGAAAUAUAAACACGGUUCAGAAGCAGAGCGUGCGCUCAGACAUUUCGCCUACGUCUUGGCCGACACUAAUCGUAUGACUUCGUUUCUCGGGGAUCUCUUCCUCUAGAUGAGAAGCCUGACCUUGAAGCGCUUCCGCAUGUGAUCCUCUUCAGCCAGCGAACAUGGACAUGAAGGACGCGACGUUACACAUUGUAAAAAAACUUGUUGGUGACUGGGUGAGCUUCCAGAUCGCUCUGGAGCAUGGAAUGGGUGGAAUGAACGGGAGAGAGAAAGAAGCUGAGAUGUGCAGGGAGCUUGCGGAUAUGUUAAUUAACGAUCCCAACGUUGAUCCCUCGGAUGUCGGGGAUUACAUGGAGGAGAUUCUUGACGAAGAUUUCGAUACCGUCAUAGAUGACGGAACAGUUCUUCCGCUAGCAACGAUAAUGGUUAAUCUGUCGAAACUUUGCAAGAGAGGAUCGAUACAGGAAGCCUUAGAUCAGUUACCAGAGGGGAAACCAUCACUGCCCGAUGCGAGACCAGAACCGUCGCAAAAUAUUGAUGACGAUGAAAUGGUCGAUGUCUCGGAGGUCGACGAAAUGUCCGAUCAAGUUGCUGCUUUGAACUCACAGAGGAGCUCGAGACGGAGAACGAAUGAGCCGGACGAAGAUGGUUGGGUACAAGUGAAUAGAACGAAUAAAUGA